AUGGACCCUCGUGAUCGCAUGGGCAGAGGCACCGCAGAAUUUGGUGUGGGCGCGCGGAGAGAGGAUUUGCUUUGGUCUAAGAGCGUAGAGGACCAGUCCGUGAUUCGCGAGUUUAGCGAGCGUUUAACCGACCAUGCAGCGCUCCCUGGAGGUAAUAACUUUGAUAUUAAUUUCAGGUCACGCAAUGCGCCGAGAUUUAAUGUAUUUAACCAAUACGAGCAGGAUUCUAACACUUUAGAAGCUGUAAGGAAAAGGCUGAGUGCUGCUAUGCUUGAUCGUUCCGACUUCGUUGGUACGGAAGCAGAGUUAUAUGGUCUUGAUGGUCUUCUAGAUGCUCUUAAGUAUUACCCGAGAACAAGAGCCACUAUGGUUACUCAGGACAUGUUAGACAAGGAGGCGUUGAAAAGACGAUUAAUGGAGAAUUGA